GUUGUGCAACCAGUAAAACCACAGCGGGCCAGAGUGUGUUGAAACACACACAAACAACAUUUACGGGAACACUUUCUUUUUACUUCUUCUUUGCUGUCACGUUGUGCUCCUUCAACCACGAGCUGCUUGAAGUCAGAACCUCCUCAACGUCCAUGCAUGCGAAACGGUGGCACUGAGUGUCAGAAUGAGAUGUCGUCUCAUAGCGGCUCCUUUGUGCAAAUCAACUUCGAUGACAUCCUCUUCUUCGAGAACUGUGGCGGCGGCAGCUUCGGAAGCGUGUACAGGGCCAGAUGGAUCAGCCAGGACAAAGAGGUGGCGGUGAAAAAGCUGCUCAGGAUUGAGAACGAGGCGGAAAUCCUGAGCAUCCUCAGCCACCGCAACAUUAUCCAGUUUUAUGGCGCCAUCGUUGAGGCUCCCAACUAUGGAAUCGUUACGGAAUAUGCCAGCAAGGCAUCUCUCUACGACUACCUGUCCUGUGCUGAGAGUGAAGAGAUGGACAUAAAACACAUUAUGACUUGGGCUACAGAGAUUGCCAGAGGGAUUCACUAUUUGCACUCAGAGGCCCCUGUUAAAGUGAUCCACAGAGACCUGAAGUCAAGGAAUGUUGUCAUCACAGCAGACAAAGUCCUGAAGAUCUGUGAUUUUGGGGCCUCCAAGUUUCUGACCCACACGACUCACAUGUCUCUAGUGGGUACCUUUCCGUGGAUGGCGCCCGAGGUCAUCCAGAGUCUGCCCGUGUCUGAGACCUGUGACACCUUCUCCUACGCUGUGGUGCUGUGGGAAAUGCUGACUCGUGAGGUACCAUUCAAAGGACUGGAAGGCUUACAAGUGGCUUGGCUCGUUGUGGAGAAAGAAGAGAGGCUCACCAUCCCCAGCGGCUGCCCUGCCAGCUUUGCAGAGCUGAUGAGGGACUGCUGGAGGACAGAUCCAAAAGAGAGGCCGACGUUCAAGCAGAUCCUGUCUACUUUGGAGUCCAUGUGGAACGACAGCCAACUCUCCAAACAGUGCAACUCUUUCCUCCACAACAAGUCUGAAUGGAGGUGUGAGAUUGAAGCCACGCUGGAGCGGCUGAAGAAGCUGGAGAGAGAACUGAGCAGCAAAGAGCAGGAGUUGAAGGUGCGGGAGUGCCGUCUGAAGAUGUGGGAGAGCAAACUCAUCCAACAAUCCAACAGCCCGCUGCUGCCCACUUUGGACAUCUACACAUGGACAGAGGAGCACGUGUACUUCUGGAUGCAGCAAAUAUUCGGUGCAGAGGAGAGCGCGUGUGGCAUGCAGCUGUACGCCGACCUCUUUCAGGACAACCAUAUCACCGGAAAGAGGCUCCUAUUGCUCUCGGAGAGUGACAUGCUGGACAUGGGCAUCAAGUCCAAAGGUCAUGUCAUGCACCUGAAGAGUGAGAUUGAGAAGCUCACCAAUGAUUACCUCGGCCUGGUCCACUUCCCACCGUUGCUCAAGGAUGAACUUGAAAACCAGGUGGACAUCAGUAAAAGUGUCAACCUAGAACUGGUGUUUGGGUACCACUGGAAGCCAGGGACUGGAAGAUCAGACUGCAAGUGGAAAGUGUUCCUGGAACUGGACGGAGACGACAUCGCCAUAACUUACAUCAAGGACGUCAUGUUCGGCAGCAACCGGCAAGACGUGAAGCCCACCCGGAUGACCAAGCCGCCAUUUGUGAUGGACAAGUGGAUAGUUGGGAUACAACCUAACCAGAGAGUGGACUACACUGUCAGCUAUGAGAACAACGUGAAGUCGCCAAGGUCAACGAGACACAGCUGCUCCAUGACGUGGAGUCCCACUGGUGGACAGGAUGACAUCAAAACUGUGGCCCUUGUGAUCCAAACAGCAGCAGCAAGCGAUGACGUGAGCCCAGGGAGGAUAAAGUCUAACUCUGGCAUCGAUGAGGCGUGGAUGCGCAAAGUAAAGCGGCGGCAUAUAAGCAGUCAGGAAAAGCAGCAGAGCGGCGUGGCGCUCUCCGCCAUGACCAGCCCAGAGGCCCGCACUCUCCCUCAGUUCCUGUUGGCGCAUGAAAGCCAAGCGUCCUCGUACGCCGCCGCGGCACGGCGCUCGCCCGUCCACGUUCGCCUCGCUGUCCCCAGCUCCUCCCCCAGCUCCUCGCCCGGCGCCGGCCUCUCGGCCAAACUGUGCCCGCUCCAACUGGGGUCAAAGGGCAGCAGCCCGUGUAGCACCACGUCAGAGAGCGCGUCCGAGAGGGAGCGGCCGCUGAGCGCCGGUGCGCUCCACGCGUGCAACAAGGAGGUCUUCUUUGGCGGCCGGGGACGAGGCAACACCAGAGGAGGCCUAAAUAAAAGCCACAAAAGCCCUCGCCAGCCGGGCAGGCCGCGCUCCAACAGUUGCACUUCAGCACCUCAGAGCCGCCCACGCAUCAUACCGGGUAUUUUGCCCGUCAGCGAAAACUCCAGCGAAGAAAGCGAGGCGGCCAAAGCGGGCUCUGAUGGCGGCUGGAUCAAAGUGGAGCGCCACAAAAGAUUACCGCGCCAGGACAAUAAAGCAGUCCGAGGUCGGCCGAGGAGAGGAGGGCGAGGAGGACGCGGGGGCAGAACUUAAAUGUUCUGAAGGACGCGGUGUUGACCUUGUACAUUAAGUUUGAAUCACAGCAGUAAUGUUCCAAAAGGCACUGAAUUACACAACAUGUAUAGGAAUGUUUUGUUUUGACUCUUUUCUAAACUGGCUGCUGUACAUACAUCUUUUAAACAAGACUAUGUAUAUUUAUUAAAGUGACUACA